AUGGCAGAGUCGGACUUAGCCACUCCCAGUUUCCACGGGCCCCUGGCGAAUCCGCAGCAAGCUCUGCCUGGCCCUCAGCCGCUGGGCAGCUGUGUGCCUUGCCACUGGCAAGAGAGAGAAAUGAAGGAGAAGUUUGAGUGGCCCGGGUUGGGAGAGGUGGUGGCGGAGGUGGUGGCUUCCGAUGGGCACAACUGGCUCAAGUAUGGACAGAAGAAAGUGAAGCACUCAAGUGCCAGGUACUACUACAAGUGCAGCCUCUCCAAGGCCAACCCUCGCUGCCCCGCCAAGAAGACCCUCGACAUCAACUGCCCCGACUCCAUUCAAGUCACCUAUCGAUGCCGCGUCCACAACCACCCCAUCACGCCCAGCCGGCGUUCGCCUAGCUACCCUAGCGUCCCCCUUUCGAACCACCCAGCCGACCGCAAUCUGGCUUCAGUUGACAUGGAGAGGCCUACAGUGCCUGAGGAGUCGCCUGUCAGUAGCCAAGGAAAGAAUGAGAACCAUCAAUCGUAUGAUGAGGAGGAGGGUUCAAUGGAUGAGGUUUACUCUCUGCUGGGAGAAAGAGCGCCUACAGACCAAGAGCUCCAAGAGCUUUCCCUGCGAUACAGUCUCAGCCAUGUGAGACCUCUAUCUAAUGAUUAUGAAGAGACGGCAAUUGACGGCUGUGCACUGUUACUGCAGCAGUGGCAGCAGCAGCAGCAGCAGCCACAUCAGCAGCAGCAGCAGCAGCCACAUCAGCAGCAGCAGCAGCAGCAGCAGCAGCAGCAGCAGCAGCAGUCACGGAAUAUGACAGCUUUCCUGCUGUCAGUUUCCGAUUCUAUCAUAAAGUGUCCUGCCCUUGACAUUCUUGGGACUGUACCCACUGUUGUUCCUGCUGCUGUGCCUGCUGCUGUGCCUGCUAUUCUCUCUGACCCUAGUGUCUCUGCCUCACCAUCUCUCGCAAGCAAUCCCUUUAACAUGCCGACUCAAACAGGCACCGCGUUAUGUCAUGCAGCUGAAACGAGGACUCCUCAUAUGUGUAUAACUGGACUCCCCAUUGCCGAUCCGCCCACCAUAGCUGAGCUGCCCACCGUCGCUGAUCUGCCCACCGUCGCUGAUCUGCCCACCGUCGCUGAUCUGCCCACCGUCGCUGAUCUACCCACCGUCGCUGAUCUGCCCACCGUCGCUGAUCUGCCCACCGUCGCUGAUCUGCCCACCGUCGCUGAUCUGCCCACUGUCGCUGAUCUGCCCGCCGUCGCUGAUCUGCCCGCCGUCGCUGAUCUGCCCACCGUCGCUGAUCUGCCCACCGUCGCUGAUCUGCCCACCGUCGCUGAUCUGCCCACCGUUGUUGAUCUGCCCGCCGUCGCUGAUCUGCCCGCCGUCGCUGAUCUGCCCACCGUCGCUGAUCUGCCCGCCGUCGCUGAUCUGCCCACCGUCGCUGAUCUGCCCACGGUCGCUGAUCUGCCCACCGUUGCUGAUCUGCCCGCCGUCGCUGAUCUGCCCGCCGUCGCUGAUCUGCCCGCCGUCGCUGAUCUGCCCGCCGUCGCUGAUCUGCCCACCGUCGCUGAUCUGCCCACGGUCGCUGAUCUGCCCACCGUUGCUGAUCUGCCCGCCGUCGCUGAUCUGCCCGCCGUCGCUGAUCUGCCCGCCGUCGCUGAUCUGCCCGCCGUCGCUGAUCUGCCCGCCGUCGCUGAUCUGCCCGCCGUCGCUGAGCAUUCAGCUGCACAGCCCUGCGCGAAACAGCAGCACCAAUUCUGA